CAUUACGUUCUAAGCAUACUUAUUUACCAAACUGCUAAAGCUUAUAUUUAUAUCACUUUUCAAUAAAGAGAUACUACAGGUCUAACUUCAAGAAAACACCGAAUAAUGAAAAUUUCUGAUGACAAUAACAAAAAAACACCAUUUUUGAUAUUACUUAAACUUUGCCCACUUAUUCUCCUCCACAUCAGCUUUCAUAAUCAUUAAAAACAUAUUGCAUAAUUUUGUUCCAUUCGUAGUUACAGCACGUCGAAUGAGGCCCUUACGCAAGGAUAGGCAAUUGUUGUAGAUCCGACUUCUUGCCCGCUAAGUGUUUAGAAUGCAGGUAGGAUUGGAUUUCUUUUUCUUGAAAGGCCAGUAGUACCGAAAAAGGUGGAAAGUAUUAACGUGGCACUCCAGUGGCAAAUCAAGAUGUAGAAUGCCAAGGGAAACAAAAGCAAAACUAUCGGUAACCGGAUGUGCGUGCCUAUCUCAGAUGACGGCAGCAGACUGCCUGAACCAUAGAGUUUCUCACUAUAUUACCUAGAGGGAGAACUGGCGCUGCAGCGCUGUGGUAUCCAUGGGAAUGCCGGUAUAUCGUGACUUCGGAUUGGCAUCGUUCUUGGAGAGCCAGAACGCCUUGAAGACGUGCCUGGCUAGCACCGUUCCGUCUGUCACAAUGAUUCAUUUCCUGCUAAAAUAGCACCUAAAAAACUGCUUUAGCUUUAUUAUUACACAAAAAGAUAUGUUGUUUAAUUUUGAGGACUUACUAUUGGAUGCACAAUUAUAUGAAACGUAAAAAGUAUCAGCUGGCCGCUAAAGUUGGAGGGCAGACGACAAGAUUGUCGCUUGCUUUAGAACAACUUGUCGUCUGUUCUUGCUUUUCUUCACUUCAUUCGGCAUUGUAGGUGAGUAAACUUUAUUGAGAUAUGUAAUAUGGGUGAAUGAAAGCCUUUUAUGUAGAUUUUACUUUAAGAACGCAUUAUUUGUGUAGCCAUAUCCACGUUUUAGACGAAGCCUUGUUCAACACCAGCCAACACAAGCCUCGCAGACACAUAUCCGGUCAUUCCCAUGAGGGCACGGCGCCCUAUAAGAAACUCGCAUAGACGGUGGCGCCAGUUUACCCUCUAGGUGUUAUAGUGAGAAACUCUAUGGCCUGAACAGCAGACGGCCUGAACAGCAGAUGGCCUGACAGGAGAUAGCCUGAAUCGAUCCGCUGUUCACACUUCAUUCGACACCGAUAGUGCUUGUGCUUUGCUCUUACUCUACUGUUCAUGUGCGUCUCAUGGCGGCAAAAUAUAGCUCUGAGCGAGUGUAUUGUGCAGACUACCUUUCUAAGCACAAGAAGCUCAUUGCAAAGAAGCGAAAUUUUCGCAGAGUUACCGACGUAGACGUUAAUGCUUUGGAGCAACUUUUAACAUCCGAAACAUCAGUAACUGUCAAAGAGAAUGACUACUUGUGCUACCCGUGCUUUCGCUACUUCUGCAAUGAAAUAUCCUCACGGAACACACAGUUGAGCGAUGACAUUUUUAUGCCCCCUGAAGCAGAAAUCAACAUCGUCAACCAGAUCAUUGCGACUACCUGCGUGUCCCCUUUGAAACGCCCAGGCGCAGUGAGAAGUCGGGACAGGCCUACUUACAUCAAAAGAAAACAAAGUGAGGUGCAGAAGGCGGUAGCGGAAAAUGUUCGCAACAAGAUACGGCGGGCGUACAACCAAUGUGAUGCAUCUGGAAAUUCAGCCGAAAGAAAGUGCUCCUUCUGCGAGCAGUGGACAGAAAGCUUUCGGCAAGCCUAUGCAGCGUCGACGACACCCCAGGAACGUUAUCAACUUCUGACUCUCCUGCCAUCAACACUAGCUAAACAUGAGAUUAAGAAGCUUAUUCCUGAAGCAUCGAUGUAUGAAAUAAACAAGUCCAGGAAAUUGAAAGAAAAUCACGGUGUGUGGUACCGGCCGGAUCCUUUCACCAGGCACAAGGUGAGCCCUGAGUGCGUAUCUGCGGCACGUGAGUACUACACGAAGGACGAGUUGGAAUGCUCGAGACAAAGCCCUAACAGAAAGGAUGUCUUGUCGGUUACGAUCGAUGGAGAAAAAGUAUUAGUAACAAAGCGUUUCAUGACCAGAUCUAUUAGAGAGGCAUUCCGCAUAUACAAAGACGACCAUCCUGAUUCUGGCAUUGGCCUAUCAAAAUUCUACACCUUGCGACCGCGCUGGGUAAAAUGUUAUCCCCAGCAUGAUGUGUGCGUUUGUGUCAUUUGCGCCAACUAUAAACUUUGCCUUGCCGCUCUUGAGAACAUUACUGGCCACAGAAUCAAUUCUGAUGACCUUCACUCCGCAUUCAUUUGCAUUCCGUCAUCAGCACAGUGCCUUUUACGCGAAUGCAAUCAGUGUCUAAAAGGCGGGUCGCUGACAGUGGAGGAACUUAAUAUCCCAGAAGAAGAAGAAAUACAGCUAGCGACGUGGGAGGCAGGCGACCUUGUGAAAAAGGUUUUGGAUGCUGAUACUUUUUUGAAUCAUCUUCGGGUUCUAGUGGCAAAGUGGAUCGUGCACAACCACAUCAGGAAGACACAAGGCAAAGCUAUCUACGAGGAAAAGCAAUGUACACAGCGUGGGAGCAUUGUAUUCCACUUUGAUUUUGCCGAAAACUGGACUGUCGUGCUUCCUGACGAAGUUCAGGCAUACCACUGGAAAAAGCAGCAAGUAUCCGUGUUUACAUGCGUGGUAACAACGAAAAAAUCUACGGAGAGUUUCGCUAUUGUUAGUGACGACUUGAACCACGACUCCGCUCACGCCUGCUUGGCUCUAAAGAAAGCGACAGAAUGGGUGGACGAUAACCUGCCGGUGUACUCCAAGGUGACGUAUGUGAGUGAUGGAGCCGCCAGUCAUUUCAAAAAUAGAUACCGCCUUUACGAGUUCGGAAAGAGCGAUUGUCCCAAUACCCAAUGGAUAUUCUCAGCAACUGGACACGGGAAAAACGCGUGCGACGGAGUUGGAGGACUCGUCAAGCAUCAAGCAAUGCUCAACAACUUGAGAACAAGCCCUGAAAGUGCAAUUCGGGCAGCCAGAGACUUUGUAACAAUUUUAACAGAAAAACUGAAAGGUGUGCAUCUAAUACAUCUUGAAGAAAAAGAAGUUGUUGCCUUCCGCGACUUAAAGAAGGAUGAGUGGAUGAAAGUGCCCGCCUUCCAUGGCAUUCAGUCUUGGCAUGCCUGGCAGCUAUCCAGGUCAACGGAAGCAUCUCCUGAAUUGUACGUGGCACGCAUAGCCGGGUCUGCAUGGAAGAAACUAUGUGUACAGGAAUGAAGGAAAUCAGCGUUCUUGAAUCAUUCGAAUAAACGAUUGCAGCCCAGAAACAAAUUCUGUUUUAAUGAAGCGGUUCUCCAUUACCUUCACAAUUUUUUUCAUUACGCUAAAGAUUAUUUGGAAUACAGUUGCUUGCUUAUUGAAUUUUAUCCUAUUUUUGGGUUAUCAAAGCUGGGUAUCGAUUUCUGAGUGCGUUUUCGUAGAGGUUAAUUGCGCAAAACGUCUGUGUGCUCUCCGAUGCCGCAGCGCAACCAGGAACCCCACGCGUACAAAACUGAUUCUGAAUCAUUCACUACGGUUUGUCCCACAGCUAAUUUGCAGCGUUAAGGCAUAAAUGACUGGAUACAAUAUCAUGCCAAAAUUUAAAGGUCGUACGCGAUCACAAAUGUCAUAGAAUCUUCAGACCUGCAUGGUGCGCUGAGCCUUGCGUAGGGGCCUCAUUCGACGUGCUGUAACUACGAAUGGAACAAAAUUAUGCAAUAUGUUUUUAAUGAUUAUGAAAGCUGAUGUAGAGGAGAAUAAGUGAGCAAAGUUUAAGUAAUAUCAAAAAUGGUGUUUUUUUUUAUUGUCAUCAGAAAUUUACAUUGUUCGGUGUUUUCUUGAAGUUACACCGGUAAUAUCUCUUUAAUGAAAAGUGAUAUAAAUAUAAGCUUUAGCAGUUUGGUAAAUAAGUAUGCUUAGAACGGAAUGCGGAAUUCUUGCCGCUCUACCACAAGCCUUUUUUGAGAUAAA